AUGAACGAGUUUGUAAAUAUAAACACCUCGUACUUACAAACAUUUGAUCAAAAUAAUAAAACGAUUACUUUUUCACAGAGUGUUUGCAUCAGUUGCCUUCAACAAAAUGUAGCUUUCAUUAAUUUAUCGAGAUGUAAACAUGCAAAUUUUUUCAAUUUCUUCUACAAAUAUAAAGUAGGAUAUCAAAACUCGGUGAUAUGUCACGAAUGCCAUCAUUUCCUAAAAAAGAUAGAAUUAUUCAGGCAGCAAGUGGAAGAGAGUCUCGUGGUACUAAAUGGGCAGGCGCAAAACAUCAAACCCGCGAAGAAAUUUCAAGACCUCCAAAUUUCGAACACACAAGGUGACGAUGCGAGUUUCAAAUACGAACAUGAUGAAAACGAGAAACGUGACAAUGCACAACAGGAUCACUACAACGACCUCACCACGGAGGUCAAAAUCGAACACGAAAGCUAUUCGGAUUUCGAAAUUGACGUACCUUUGUCACAGAUUAAGAAGGAAAUGAAAAAGGUUAAGAAGAAAAAGAAAAAAGUUAAAGGCAAUGAGGUCGCUACCAAGUUAAAAAAACCCAAAAAGAGAUCUCCUCUAGCGGAGAAGUAUGAAGGAAAGAUCUCCAUUAUUACGUUGAGCAGAGAAGAGAUGUUGGAAGAGAGAGAAAGAGAAGCAAAGAAGCAGAACUAUUUGAAGCUGCCUUUCAAAUGCGAGAGUUGUAUCACUGGAUUCGAUCAUGAAUUGACCCUGAAAGACCACAUGGAGAAGAGACACGGUUCUAAACAAGGUGGUUACGAAUGCAACAUAUGUAAAUCGAUACUUAGCACUGACAUUUCUUACAAGGAACACACGAAACGACACACCAGAAGAUAUGAAUGUCAGGCUUGCGGUAAACGCAAUAACAGCAUAUACUCUGUGAUCAAGCACUACAAUGAUCAGCACGGCACAAUAGACACGCAGUUCGUGUGUCAGGAGUGCGGCUUCAUUACCGAUUCCCACCGCAGCUACCGCUAUCAUCGUGACAAACACAAGCAGAAGCAACAAUGCUCUCUCUGCGACAGUACCUUCGUCAACAACUCGGGCCUCAGGGUGCAUAUGUUCACAGUCCACAAGCAGUCGGGCCGCGUAUACACAUGCGGCACGUGCGGCAAAUCGUACAGCGGUCGGUCCGGACUCGCGGCACAUACCGCUGCGGCACAUUCCUCACAUUCCGCAUUGGACGCGUACUGCGCGCAGUGUAAAACGCACUUUAAAACGCCUCACAAUCUGGCGCAUCAUCUACGGACGCAUUCUAAGCAUGUCACUACGCAGCAGAAGAGGUUCAUAUGUGACGAGUGCGGCGUGAAGUUUCUGACUAAGGGGUCGCUGCAGGAGCAUAUUGACUUCGUUCAUCUAAAGAGUAGUAAACAUAAAUGCGAUAAAUGCAGUAAAGUCUUCAUAAACGGAUCAGCGUUGAAGAAGCACGUUAACUUUGUGCACGAGAAGAUUAGACCACCCCGGAACAAGAUAUGCGAUCAUUGCGGACGCGGAUUUACUACGUUAUCGAUAUUGGAGUGCCACGUGCGCACGCACACAGGCGCGCGGCCGCUGCGCUGCUCGCGGUGUCCCGCCACCUUCGCGCACUCCGCCGCGCUCUACACGCACCACAAGCUGAUACACAAGCGGGAGCCACGGGGGCAGACUAGCCAGAACUGA